UUUGGCGAAGAGCAAGCCCCCCCGCAGCGGCAGGUCUGCAGGAGAAAGACAAAAGAGAAAGAGAGAGAGAAAGACAAAGAUAUUGCGUUGUGUAGUCGCCAGUUCCUAUUGGCCGGGGCUGCCUUGCUAUACUCUGCCUUAAGACAACGCGGCCGCACGCAGGUCAAACUAUCUAAACGACGCGGUUCUUGUCUGACAUUUCAAACCAACAACGGAAGAACGCCACUUGCUCUCUCUCUCUCUCUCUCUCUCUGCCUUGUUCUUUAAUUCUUUCUUUCUUUUCUAAACUGGGCGACCAUAAUCAAGGGUGGUGUUGCUCUGCUUGUUGCGGUUUCUGUGGACAUUUGGGCUCGGGAAUCGCCCGAUUGGCUUUGCUUGCAGCGGAGAUAGAGAGAGAGGAAGAUAAUGCCGAAUUGGGAGCUGAAGAACUGCUGCCAGCAUGAUCAGGUCGUGUUUCUCGUUACUGUUGGCGUCUUCACUGUAGCAAUCCUCGCGUUAUGGAGGACAAUACUAAUGACACCUUUUAAGCUCAUCACUGUAUUUCUUCAUGAAGCAAGUCAUGCAAUUGCUUGUAAACUCACUUGUGGAGAGGUAGAGGGGAUCCAGGUUCAUGCAAAUGAGGGAGGGGUUACACAAACACGCGGUGGCAUAUAUUGGUUGAUCUUGCCCGCUGGAUAUCUUGGUUCUUCGUUUUGGGGAAUGCUUUUGAUACUUGCAUCCACGAAUCUUAUCACUGCAAGGAUUGCUGCUGCUUGUUUAGCUGUUGCUUUGCUUGUUGUGCUUUUUGUUGCUAAAAAUUGGACUCUUCGAGGGCUUUGUAUUGGAUUUAUUAUUUUCCUUGCUGUAGUCUGGGUUUUGCAAGAAACAACAAAAGCUCGUAUCCUUCGGUACAUCAUUCUGUUCAUUGGUGUAAUGAACAGCUUGUUUUCUGUUUAUGAUAUCUAUGAUGAUUUGAUAUCUCGAAGAGUUCACUCCAGCGAUGCUGAAAAGUUCGCCGAAGUUUGCCCCUGCCCUUGCAACGGUGCAGCAUGGGGAGUCAUUUGGGGCAUGAUAUCAUUUGUAUUUCUUUGUGGAUCAAUAUAUCUUGGACUAGUUAUCUUGUCUUGAGGUACUAUUUAUUUACUUUCAAGGAUUUAUUUUUCAAUUCUGUAUGUUUUCCAGUGUGCAUUUGAAUGCCUGUGAAAUUGAAUCCCACAAAAAUACUAAUUAACUCAUCAAGUGGAACCAUAACAAAUUACUGUUACCCAUAAAUCUUAAGAUUAUAUUAAGAGGGGGAGGUGGUGUUUUUUUUUUUUGGGUAUAUUAAUGGCAUUGUUGAACCAAUACUAGGACAUCCAUGCAGGGAACUUUGCAAUCUUGUCACCAUUCUUAACCAUUAGGAUGUUCAGACGAUUAUUUGUUUUAGAAAAAUUUUAAAAAAUAUAAGAAAUGCAUGUGGACAAGUAUACUUGUCCUUCAUUUGGGAAAAGCCCUUAGAUUUGAGUUUGUGUAGAUUUAGACAAAAUGCAAUACAAAAUUUAUUGAAUUCUUUCUAGAUGCACUCAAAUCCAAAUUUAAGGUUGGAACUCUAUACUCACGAACACAAUAUUAGUGUGUUUGAGAUUGGAUUUGAAUUUGAAUGAAAAUUUGGAUAAAAUGUGGGUACAAAAUUGUACUGGAUUUUACAUAAAAUUCACCAAAUCUAGCACUUGAAAUUCAUGCUCUCUACAAACAGACUUAGGGCAUCACAAGGUGAAAAUUUUGUUUUAUGGAAUUUUUGUUUUCCCUUUAUUUUACUUUACUUUUUAGUUUGGGUGGCAAUGAGGUGUGGCUGUUAUCCUACAGUGCCAUUUAACGUGAUGUGAUAAUAAAUUCAUAACUUAAUGUUUUCAGUAUCUAAAUUUCUCUGCUUUCCCCUUUCUUGCACAGGGAUUUUGGGUUGAUUUUCUUCUCCACAUUGCUGGAAGCACUGUAACAAUUGAAUUCUUUACAUUAUUAUUAUUUUUUCCCCAAUUGAUGAUCUGUAUAUUUUGAGACAUUGUCGUAUAAAUUCAACUAGCAGUGAGCAUUCUUCUGCCUCAAUAUCCAGUAUUUUUUGGCUGACACAUUCUGUUUCCGAAGAUAUUGUAUAGUAUAUAAGAUGUACGUGGUUACGAUUAGAGCUUCAGAAGUAGUUAUUGGAAGAAAUCACGAGUUUUUAUUUAGUUA